CUGGGUUCAAUUCAUUUCGACAAAAGUGAUUGGUUAGACUUUGGUGUUGCCGAUAAAAUGGAUCCAUUUCUUCUAGCGCUACUUUCCUAUAGGAGGAACAAAAUCGAUGAAGCGAUAGAAAAUUGUACCAAUAUUCUCAAAAAAAAUGCUUAUGACCAGGCAGCAUGGGGUUUGAAGAUGGCUUGCAUGACUGAAGAGAUUUAUGUCGAUGAAUUGGAGAAUGACGAGCGUGGAAUUGCAGAGAUGCUGCUAGAAGAUGAUAUUAUUGCACCAAAUGCUCGACCAGGCACUUCAUUUUCGAAACCGAUUAGCUCACCAAAGACACAAAGCCAAGCUAUAAGGCAAUUCUUAGCCUUAUUGCCACGAUCAAACACUGGUCGUCCACUUAGUGGUGUCAUAAGAUCUGAAACCAGUAAUAAGGCAGGAACAAUGGAACAAGCCUUGAGGACAUCACGAACAGCUAAAACUACCAGAGCUGCAUCAUCCAACUCGGCAAGAUUCAUUCGGCUAGGAACAGCUUCAAUGGUCAGUCAAAAAGAUGGACCAUUUUUAAAUCUUUCACGCUUGAAUGUCGACAAAUAUGCAAAUGAUCCUCUGUUAUCUCGUCUUUUAUUCGAAUAUGUCUUUUACCAUGAAGGCGACAUGAAAAUUGCACAUCAAAUAGCAGCAAUAGCGACAAAGUGUGCUAAUUAUUCCGACUGGUACUGGAAGAAUCAGUUAGGUAAAUGUUAUUACCGUCUUGGAAUGUAUGCUGACGCUACAAAGCAGUUUUUAUCAUCGCUGAAUAACCAAAAGAUGGUUGAAACCUAUGCAUACCUGGCUAAGAUUUCAAAACGCUUGGAUCAACCAUUUAUGGCAAUAGAACAUUAUACAAAUGGUUUGCAAACAUUCAAAAACGAUAUCACUCUUCUUACCGGACUUGCUCGAGUUUAUGAACAGCUUGGCGAUGAUGAAAAAUCUAUCGAUACUUAUAAAAACAUACUUCGUCAAGAUCCAAACAAUAUUGAAGCUAUAGCAUGUGUUGCUGCGAACUACUUUUAUAGUGAUCAGCCUGAGGUUGCUCUUCGAUAUUAUAGAAGAAUUCUACAAGUGGGUGUGAAUAAUGCCGAAUUAUUCAUGAAUCUCGGUUUAUGCUGCUUUUUUUGCCAACAGUUUGAUUUAGCGAUUUCUUGCAUAGAACGUGCUCAAAAUAUUGCAAGCGAUGAUGUGGUCGCAGAUGUUUGGUAUAACACCGGAAAUGUUCUUCUAGCAACUGGCGAUACAAAAAUGGCCGCACGUUGCUAUCGUUUAGCGAUGGCUGCUGAUAACAGUCAUGCUGAAAGCAUUUGCAAUUUGGCAGUAUUACAAAUGAGGGAAGGGAAACUGGGGGAAAGCCAAUGUCUUUUUCAUUUGGCGAUUGAGAAAGGGCCGUACCUUUUCGAACCUCAUUACAACGCUGCUUUGCUAGCAUAUCAGGUAACUUUGAUUUCAGAUUUUACUUUUUCAAAUCCUUUAACAAAACCCUAUUCCUUAGACUUCGACCACUCCUCUCGUGUUUUUUUCCUUAGCAGAAACUUCCCAAAUUACGAUCCCAAUUUCUUUGCUUAUCAUAGCCACCGCACCCAAUUACAAACAAUCAUCUUCCAGCUCGGACACUUCGAAGAGAGCCGAAUCCUUGUUGCCAAAGCCCUUCAGCUGUUCCCAGAACAUUUCUAUUCUAAGAUUCUUGCAAAUUCGGUUGACCAGAUGUACCAGGUGAAUUGA